AUGACCCUCUCACUGGCAGUCCGGGCCUUCGCGCUGGUGACCCUCGCAAACCUGCUGCUGCACCUGCCCGCGUCCUCAGGCAAGAAUCCACGGUUGGCCCGCCACCUGAUGGACGAGGCUUCCGGUGAUGAUGGCUGGUUCAGCAACGGCCGAGCAACCUGCGCCGACGGCUCGGUCGAUCUUAACCGCAUGGACGCCUGCUACGAUACCACGACCACGAUCACGAUUCAAAUCCUGGACACUUGCCCAUGCAAAGGCAAUGAAAAAUGGUGCUGUGGCGACGCCAACCUGCAGCACUUUGAUCUCAGCGCUGGAGCUUUCUCACGCCUGGCUCCCCAGGGCAAGGGCAUCAUCGGCCUGGCCUGGAAACCCGUGCCCUGCGAGGCCAUCAACGGCACCGCCUCCCUCCAGGAUUGGCAGGCGCUGCAGCAGGCCACAGUGGAUGGAGCGAGCCGCGACAUCUUCCAUGGCGGCGUGAUAGGCGUUGGUUGGAGGAAGACGAUUUACGGCGAUGACAAGGCAGCCAUGUAUUCGUACGAGUCGAGCCUGGAGAGCCUGCCAGAGGGCGCCGUGGCUCGCUGGGGCGGCUUCGAUUUCAAUGCUGAUGCUCGCGACACCACCGUCUUCAAUGGCGCCUCUGCCGUGGAGUUCUGGGCGAAGAGCCCCAACGGCAUUCCUGAUGGAUUUGUGUUCCGUGCGUCCGACAUCUCACAGGGCGCUUGCAAAGAGUACCGCCUGGAGGAGGGUGCCACCCUGGACACCGCAAACGGCUGGACUCGCUUCUCCUUCCCAAUCUCCGACUUUGAGUGCGGCCAAGGGAUGUUGAACCGUAUCCAGUGGGAGAACAAGAGCGAAAGCAAGCAAUCGAUCUGUGUGAAAGAUGUGCGCAUCAUUGCCGAGGAAGCUUCAGCUGUGGCGGCAGCCGGGCGGCGCUGA